AUGGAUAACACUUGCACAUAUUGUCAGGAUGUCAUAGACAGUUUAACUGUAAUAUGCUUGGAAUGUUCAUACUUUCAAUUAUGUUUGGCCUGUUAUAGUCAUGGAGCAGAAAUUGGAGAUCACAAAAAUAACCAUGGAUACAAGUUAAAAGGUCAAAAAUCACCUGGGCAGUAUUUAGUUACAAUGGACGGAUGGACUGGUGAUGAACUCAUGCAAAUUUUAGACUUUGCUGAGCAAUAUUCUUUUGGAUGUUGGGAUGAGUUACCAAAAAACAUAUUAAAUCGAACUCCAUCAGAAAUCAAAUUUCAAUUUGCCAAAUAUUUCUUGGAUGGUACGAUUGGAAGGCUAACAUGGGGUACAAUAAAGAAACCACAAUUAGAAGAUCGUACAGUUAAUUUCAAACUAAAUGAAAGUAUUAUUCAUUUAUCUGGAUUAUCUAAAGCUCAGUAUGCUGAAAUUGGGUACAAUCCAAUAAGAGACGAAUUUGAGUUGGAAAAUGAUUUUGACAAUAAUGCAGAGGCAGUUUUAAGUAUUACAUCAGAAUGGAAUGAUUUUGGAGAUGAUUAUAAUCUUGCGUGUAUCGAUAUGUAUUGUACACGGUUAUAUGAACGUGAAUAUGCCAAAGAAGUUGUUCACGAUUAUCAAUUGAUGGAUAAAUAUUUUUUCUCUAAAGAUAAACCCAAGCGUAGACUAACACCAGAGGAAAGAAGUAUAAUAAGCAUUGAAAAUCAAAUAAAAAAAUUUAGCCGAUAUUUAACGGAAGUUGAAUUGUGGUCAUUAAAUAUACGGCUGCAACAAGAAUAUCUGCUAAAAAAAAGGCGUGAAGAAUUUAUCUAUUAUAGAAAAAAUGGAAUUACAAAAAUAUACGACAUUGUAAAAUUUAAUCUUUUACAUUAUAGCAUGGUCAUAGACGAACAAUCCGAACAAUCAUCUUCUGAUGUUCUAACGCCAGCACCCAUCAAACGUGGUGAAAAGAAAAGGAAGAAACGAAAACGACCAAAAUUAUUCCAUAAGAAAAAUCAUGUUUAUCAUCGUACACCUCAAUAUAUUGCUGCUCUCAAUAGAGUAUUGGCUCAAAAUAAUGAAACUGAGGAUAAUUCUGAUUAA